UAUAAGAAUAGAGCCACUAUUGCUCCGUUCCAUUUCCAACACACCAGCCUUCCUCAAAACCUAAUAAGAUGCUGUCCAUCGCUGGAAGUCGCUCAUCACCGAUCACCGAUCCGAAGGCGGAGAUCGGAAGCGCUACACCGCAGAAACGCUGCCUGAGAUCUGAUUCGGCUCGGAUUGGAAAAACUCGGAUCCCUUCUACUCCGUUGCCCGUGCAGACUUCUCCCUUGAAACGGAAGUCGCCUCGCAUAUGCGUUAAUGACAGCCCUAAUAGUCCCCUGAAAGUAAUUGAGAAAUCAUUCACGAAUUCAAGCAAAUCGCCAGUUAAGAAGAGAUUAUCGGACUGCUUUCUUGACAAACCAGCAUGGGAUCCCAGUGAUGUGGAGCAAUUGUGUGCUGUUAAGGAGGCAUUACAUGUAUCCACGGCUCCAACCGCACUCGUGUGUCGAGAAGAUGAGCAAAACAAGAUUUUGCUGUUCUGCAGGGAAUGUGUUGAGCUAGAGAAAGCUGGGAGUUUAUAUGUAUGUGGGUGUCCGGGGACGGGAAAGUCUUUGUCAAUGGAAAAAGUAAAAGAGGACAUAGUCAAUUGGGCGACGGAGGCAGGUAUUCAGCCUCCAGACACAUUAUCCAUCAACUGCACCACUCUUACAAACGCUUCUGAGAUUUUCAGCAAGAUUGUUGGAAGAACUCAAACUCAGAGUAAAGCUAAAGGUUCUAAGUUACCAUUACAAGACCUCCGCUACCUGUAUUCUCAAAAGCAGCAUCUACCUGGCACGAGGAUGGUGUUAAUCAUUGCAGAUGAGUUGGAUUAUUUAAUCACCAAAGAUCGGGCUGUGCUUCACGAUCUUUUCAUGCUAACAACAAUGCCAUUCUCAAGAUGUAUUUUGAUCGGGAUCGCCAAUGCUAUUGACCUAGCUGAUAGAUUUCUUCCUAAACUGCAGUCUUUAAACUGCAAACCUAUGGUCAUAACUUUUCGUGCCUACUCCAAGGAUCAGAUCAUCACAAUUCUUAAGCAGAGACUAAUGGCGCUUCCUUACACUGUUUUCCAGCCACAAGCAUUGGAGCUCUGUGCUAGAAAAGUUGCUGCUGCAUCUGGAGAUAUGAGGAAGGCUCUUUCGAUCUGCAGGAGUGCAAUUGAGAUGUUGGAAGCUGAAGUAAGAGACUCUUUCAGCAAGCUGAAUUUGCCAUCAGUAGAGAGUGAUGAUCACCAGAGAUCUGCUUCUUGCGGUAUAUUACCAAAACCAGACAAUAAUAUUGUGAGGGUCGAUCACGUGGCAAUUGCAUUGUCUAAGGCAUAUAGAUCACCAGUAGUGGACACUAUUCAAUCUCUCCCACAACAUCAACAGAUCAUACUUUGCUCAGCAGUGAAACUUUUCCGAGGGGGAAAGAAGGAUGCAACUGUUGGCGAGUUGAACAAAUUUUACAUGGAUGUCUGUAAAUCAACUUUAAUCCCCCCAGUGGGGAUUGUGGAAUUCUCAAGCAUGUGUAGAGUGCUAGGAGACCAGGGGAUUCUUAAACUAGGACAAUCACGAGAAGAUAAACUACAAAGAGUUGCAUUGAAGAUAGAUGAAGCAGUAGUUAGUUUUGCACUGCAGGAAGUCCGUUUCUUUCGGAGUUGUCUUCAAUAAUAUGGUUACCCUUGAUACAAAAUUGUGAAUCCUUGGAGGCUGUUUGUGCUUAAACAUUUGUAUAAACCCAAAUUUAAAGCAACGAAGAUAAGCAAGAUUAGGGACAUGGGAUGGGAGGGAUUCAAGUGGCUUUGAAUGUUGCUGCGUGUAAACAGAAUCUUCCACCCAAUGCCCUAUUAAAAGUUGCUUUAGAGUUAAAUGGCUGAUAGACAUUCACUGAAGAAGCUUUGAGAUAUAUACUGAAAAUAAUAUUAGAAGUCACAGAAAGAUAAAUAUAUUGUAUUGAAUACUGGAUUAAUAUUUUGUACAAAUUCAGAUGCAACUUUUCGUUACAUGGUUGAUUAAUAUUUACCAUUUUUUAGUUAAAUGUUUAAUU